AUGGCAUCACUUGCUACUCGACAGGGUUAUCAUCUUGGGCCCAGCAUCCCUCGUCCCCCAAAAGAAGCACCGAGCACUCCAAUAAAGACCGACAGGUCGAUUGAUCCAAAAGUUUUCUUCGAACUCUUUGCGGGAACCAUUGGCAUCUUCGUACUUGCAGUUUUGUUCUGGAAGCUUGGCCGCUUUGUCCGACGAUUCAACCGAAACAAGGUGCUGGAGGCUGGAAGGCCUAUCAACGCUCGUUACGCACGCACAUGGUAUGGAUGGGUGCCGUGGCCAACUCACGAGAGAAACAAAAAGGUUGUUCGUGAUUUCAUCGCUUCGAUAUGGGACUCUUUGGCCUGGAAGUCUACUCGAGACGACUAUAGCUGGGUUUGGUGGGAUCCCGGUGACAUCGAAAGGCAAAAGCGCCAACGUAAUAAAAGCAGGCUCUGGUGGUUACCGAACUGUUUCAAGAGCUAUGAAGAUUCGCCGACGGCCGAUGAUAUUUGGAAUCCAUGCGGGCGCUCACAAUGUGAUGGGGCUUUAAGGCAAGACAUUGCGGUCUCGGUUGUUUCAUCACCCACUACCACAAGGAUGCCAGUGAGCCCAGACAUCCUUGCUUCAAAUUCACCACAGCAGCACAUGGCGACUGAAUCUAAACCGUUGAUCACUCGCUCAAUUAUGGAAGAGCUUUACCGGGACCCUAUGCAAGCCAGUGAUGACAGCUCACAUCACCACCCACAUUUUCAUUCACCCAACAGAACAAGGUUGGCUACUCGCAUCCCGUUCACUCACCCUCAAGUCCAGUCAUUACCUUCACAUCAACGCCACUCAUAUCAUGCUCGGGGUUCAAUUCCGUGGUCGUGUGGUGGGAUGGCCAGAGAUAUAUCAUGCCACAUCGAUUCCGUCGUUGAUCAUAGGGACUACCAGAGUGCAUACUUGGAACCAAACAGCUCCGUUGACAGGACAAAUUCGAAGCCAUCAGCUCAAAAAGGUCAUAAAUACAGAUACCGCGCGUGGUCAGCGCGGAUGCAACUUGGACCAGGGCCGGCAAGCUUGCACCACGGAGGUGGUUCAUCUGGCCCUCCCGGGACUCCAAUGACCGAGCUGCUGGCCAGCUACCCUUCCAACCAGAGCUCUUCAUCCCCCUGCCAUUCAAAACAAGUGAGCGGCAACCAGCGAGCAAACCUACAAGUUUCCGAGGAUCGAAUCUCAUCUACCUCCAGGAUGUUCAUUGACAACCGACUUCUCUUCGCAAAUGAAGGACGGACGUAUACCAGAACUUUCCAAUGGAACUCAGCCCCAGCAAGAAGUCAACCGCAAGGUCGAAAGAAAAUGCCCGCACCAAGACCGAAGUUUGCUGAUGAAUGGCUAUUGCUCUGUGAUAAGAAGGGCAUUCCUAGCCAGAACCAUUUCUCUGUAUCGCGGGACAAAGGGAUAUUUUUGGAACCAGAAGCCUCGAUUGCCCCCACAGAUCGAAUCCAGCUUAAAACAGGAGGCGCUGUGAACAAUUUGAGUGACUGGGAGGUCAUGUUGCUGGAAAGGUUAGACCGAAAACUCGUGUGGGUGUUCAAUGAGUUUACUCCGGGACAAAAGCCAUAUCAUUUUGCCACACUCGCAAACCAUUGGCUGAACAAAGAAACAUGGAUCGUUUAUGACCCCAUCUCCAGAGUUCCCACUAAUGCACGCCGGCAAUGGGGAGAUCCACGAUUCAACGUUCCUUACCCAGAGCCUGUUCUGGGUCCGAGACCAAAAUAUCCUGCUGUAACGCGGAAACGAGCAAAUAAUCCUCGCAUCGACUCCUGGAGGGCAAUGGCCAAUAAACAGAGAAAGGUGUCUGGUAUUCGGGAGGCAAUUCGUACCCUUACUUUGUACGAAGACUCAGCCGACGAACCACCAGAUGGUCAUAUUGAUCCAGCCUCUUGGGCUUUGCCCAAGCCACCACAAGGCUUCCAAAUGUCGACGGCUCAGCGGAAUGCUUGGUACGAGGGAGGCGCAGGAUGGCAAGAGAAACUUCAUGACUGGCAGCAAGUCCACCGAGGAUAUCGUGUUCACAAAGCUCUCCACGAAGGCCGGGUCAAUAGAACGAAGCUGAAGGAAGUGAUAUCGCAUAUUAGCAAACCUUGGCGGCCUGCUGCAGGCAAGCCGAUCUCCGAUUUUGACGUCAGCAGCCAAAGAAGAGCCUCACACAGUCUUGUCUCAUGA